AUGGUAAGGAAGAACCGUGGACGGACAGGGAAGAGCCGAGACCGGCUGGUGGGACUAGAACUCCAGGGAAGGCCACUUGUUCGGGCGAGACAUUGGCUUGGAGCCCGGCUGCUAGACGGCCUGGCUGGCUUUGUGAGCGCGCGGAGCACGCAUGCGUGCGGGUCCCCGCCGCGCCUUCCACCGCCCCUCACCCCUCCUCCCUUCCCCCCCACCUCCCUCUCCGUCCUCCCAGCAUCCCCAGCCCAGCACUUUCCCGCGGUUCUGGCGGUUCCUCGCGCGCAGCCUUCAGAGCUGCCUCGCGGUGUCCGGGGGGCGGGGGGAGGGGGGAAGCAGCCUGAGAGGUUUCAACUUCCCAGCAUCACAGAGUCUCGCGUCCUCCUGAUUUUGCCUCUCUUAGUACCAAUAGCAGGGUUACCGCCCCGCCAUCUUCAGUUCUUGCUGCCAGGGUGGGCAGAGGGGAAUUCCUGGGCCUUGCUGCCCAGUGUGGUGGUUGUUCGGCGCUUGAAAUGCAACAAGUACGAAACUGAUGUCUAUUUUGAAAUCAGGAGUGAAAACGAGGUGAAUCCAAAACAAGAGAUUAGUGAAGAUGUGGAAUUUGGGACUGCAUCUGAAAGACCUGUUGGUAAUACUGAGGACAGUCCUGAAAGUGAAGAGGCCUUUGAAAACAGGGAUAGAUCAGAAAGUCAAUGGGGAGAUCUAACAGCAGAAGAGUGGGUAAGCUAUCCUCUCCAACAAGUCACCGAUCUGCUUGUCCACAAAGAAGUCCAUACAAGCAUCCGAUAUCAUAUAUGUUCUCCUUGUGGAAAGGCCUUUAGUCAGAUCUCAGACCUUAAUUGACAUCAGAAAACACACACCGGUGACAGACCAUAUAAGUGUUAUGAAUGUGGAAAGGGCUUCAGUCGGAGUUCCCACCUUAUUCAGCAUCAAAGAACACACACUGGAGAGAGGCCCUAUGACUGUAAUGAGUGCGGGAAAAGUUUUGGAAGAAGCUCUCACCUCAUUCAGCAUCAGACAAUCCACACUGGAGAAAAGCCCCAGAAAUGUAACGAGUGUGGAAAAAGUUUCUGCCGGCUCUCUCACCUAAUCCAGCACCAAAGGACCCACAGUGGGGAAAAACCCUAUGAGUGUGAGGAGUGUGGGAAAAGCUUCAGCCAGAGGUCUCACCUAGCUCAGCACCAGAGGACCCACACAGGUGAGAAGCCUUACGAAUGUAACGAAUGUGGGAGAGGCUUCAGUGAGAGAUCUGAUCUGAUCAAACACUAUCGUGUCCACACGGGGGAAAGGCCCUACAAGUGUGAUGAAUGUGGGAAGAAUUUCAGUCAGAACUCCGACCUUGUGCGCCAUCGCAGAGCCCACACAGGGGAAAAGCCAUACCACUGUAAUGAAUGUGGGGAGAAUUUCAGCCGCAUCUCACACUUGGUUCAGCACCAGAGAACCCAUACUGGGGAAAAGCCAUAUGAAUGUAACGCCUGUGGGAAAAGCUUCAGCCGGAGCUCUCACCUAGCUCAGCACCAGAGGACCCACACAGGUGAGAAGCCUUACGAAUGUAAUGAAUGUGGGAGAGGCUUCAGUGAGAGAUCUGAUCUGAUCAAACACUAUCGUGUCCACACAGGGGAAAGGCCCUACAAGUGUGAUGAAUGUGUGAAGAAUUUCAGUCAGAACUCUGACCUUGUGCGCCAUCACAGAGCCCACACAGGGGAAAAGCCAUACCACUGUAAUGAAUGUGGGGAGAAUUUCAGCCGCAUCUCACACUUGGUUCAGCACCAGAGAACCCAUACUGGGGAAAAGCCAUAUGAAUGUAACACCUGUGGGAAAAGCUUCAGCCGGAGCUCUCAUCUUAUCACACACCAGAAAAUUCACACUGAAGAGACCCAAGAGUGCAACGAGUGUUGGCGAAGCUUUGGUGAAAGGUCAGACCUAAUUAAACACCAGAGAACCCACACAGGAGAGAAACCCUAUGAGUGUGUGCAGUGUGGAAAAGGUUUCACCCAGAGCUCCAACCUCAUCACACAUCAAAGAGUUCAUACGGGAGAGAAGCCUUAUGAAGGUACCGAAUGUGAGAAGAGUUUCAGCCGGAGCUCAGCUCUCAUUAAACAUAAGAGAGUUCACACUGACUAAGUCCUGUAAUUAUGACUGAGAAAUGAAUGAUUCAUUUGAAGGUACAAUUUUAUUUGAUAUCAAAGAGCUCUCUCAAGACUGAGCUGCUUUUACUGUACUGAAUUUCCUUGUUGUGGGCCACAGUUUAAAACAUCGAAGAAGAGAAGCCACUUGAAAUUCUGAUCCAUGGCUUUGGGAAUGGUAUUCCUUCCUCCAAAAUAGUGAUUUUUAUUCACCCAAUAUUAAUGAAUUAUUUCAUCAAAAUCAGCCCCACAAGUAACUGGAAAUCUG